CUUUGUGGCGAUAGGCCGUUGCUACGAUACGCCCAAGAUUGACAGCGCUCCGGUUUCCGGUUCAUUCCGCCGUGCGCAGAAAUUGCUAGUCACAGGAGCCACAAUGGCGUUUGUAGUCUCUUCCAGAUAGGGCUGUGGAUGAUACUAAAUCCACUAGCAUCGCCCUAAAUACAGGCCUGGUUGAUUCCCAGAGCCAUUGAUAAUAAACUGGAACAUCUACUGCACACGAAAAUAUUAUGAUUUCUAAUCAGUAUUGAAUUUAUAGAGGAUAAAACCUACAUUAAAGGGAACAUGUAAACAGUACCAACCGGGUCAAGUUUUCAUUUUGUUCGAGCGUCUUUUAAUGAAGGCACUUGCUUGUUUCUGAAUGCUAAUACCGUAAUUCUGUGGAAUAAAAACACCUUUACUUAACUUGGCACCGGACAAGGACAGCUUUCACAAAGGGACUUUUUUCUUUUUUACGAGACAGCUCGCUAGCUGCCGAGCAUUAGCUAGCGGUGCUAGCUAAAUUGAGACGGAGACGACACCACAAUGCUCCCAUGUUUGGUUGGGAUCUCUUCCAUUCACUGACUAAUUCAAAGUACAAACUUUACAGCACUGGAAAACCACGGUGGCAUUUUUCUGCUUUGGUGAACUAUGCGGGCGAUCUCAAUGGAAUGAACUGGCGUUGAAGAGGACUGGACGUGAGCGGCCUGGUGUGUUUAUUUUGUGUAUUUUCUUUCCCUGUUUCUGCUUAGUAACACGUUUGUUUUGGCAUUUGGAGUAGCUGCUGUUCUCUUGUGAAUGAAUUGCCUGGACCACCGAGGCCCAGUCGCAGGAGAGGUUCCGACGCCGGCGUGAGGGAUGCCUGGGUCGGACCGACACCAUGGGACCAAGAGGAAGCAGGAAUCUAGCAUUAGCGGUGUGCCACACCAGACCCAGGCCCCGACUCAUACCUCUGCGGGAGACAUGACGAGCAAAGACGGAAAGGUGCAGUUAAAAUCUUCAAUGUCCUCUUCCUCUUCAAAACGCAAACGGCAUAAAUCAACCAAACACAAUCGGGAAUCCUCGGCGGCACCGGGACCCGAAGAUUUUACCCUCGGCGAUACGGCGCCUCCUGGUGUCAACACGGUGAAGCCUCUGGUUGAGUAUGAUGAUAUCAGCUCCGACUCGGACACUUUCUCGGACCCACCGUCCUCAAGGCCUUCAGAGAGGGGGGUCGGGGACCGACUGGAGCCCUCGCCAGACUACGAUAGAGACGAUAUCGGAAAAGAAGGUGGCGGUAGAGAGAACAGGGGGCACAGGCACACCCGAAAGAAGUCCAAGGACCCUAAUAAAAUUACAGAAUCUGGGAAUGGGGAACGUGGGUACAAGAAAAAGAGCAGCAAAGACCGCGAGAAAGGGAAUGCUGGAAAGAGCAAGGAGAAGGCUGCCUCAUCAGGCCCCUCAGCCAAACGCCAGGUCCAGCCAGAGGGUGACUCUAAACGUGGGGAGCUGAUGCUUUCCUCCCAGGUACAGCCUGCAGCCAGUGUAGGUAGCACCACUUCCUCCACAUCCUCAUCUCGCAGCAAGGAGAGCAGCCGCUCAGGGAAGUCUCGCAAAGACAGGCAGCAGCGGAGAGAAGGCCGAGGGGAGGGCAGCCGCACCUCCUCCCAGAGGAGCCGGGCAGACAGAAGCCACCGGAAGUCCUCCAAGAGCCACAAGUCAAGCCCUAAGGGCAAGUCUUCAAGUAGGGGUAGCCCUCGCAGGAAGGGCAACACCUCUGCUCUGUCACCCAGUCCAAGAAGAGGGGCUGGCAGUGAGAGUCCACUAGGCAGUGGGUAUGGGCAGCAGGGAGAUGACAGCUAUUCCAGGCGGAGGGUAGCUCAGCAAAGCCCCAGUCCCUAUGGGGAUAUGUCUCGCCGCAGCAGACAGAGAUCAGACAGCCCCUAUGGCAGCAGACACAGGUCCUCCAGCUAUGAGAGAGACAGCAGCCCCUACUCAAGGAGACGCUCCAUCAGCCCUUAUGGUACCCGCAGGUCCUCUAGCACCAGCCCCAUGUCUCGACGCUCAGGCCGCUCCAGGAGCCGCUCCCCUCUGCACUACUCUUCUUCUCGUCGCUCCUCCUCUCGUUCCCGUACUAAGAGGCAUACUUCCUCUGGUGGAGCAGGGGCUAGUUCCCACAGCAGCCGGCCAGCUAGCCGCUCCCCUCCCUCCUCCCGCUUGCCACUUAACUCCAGCCUGGGAGCAGAGCUGAGCCGCAGGAAGAAGGAACGGCAGGCUGCCGAGGCGGCUGCUCGUGCCAGCGGUGGUGCCUCUUCUCCUCCGUCUGCACGUAAACCUGCAGGCUCCUCCUCCUCACGGCCCGCUAAAGCUGAAGCACCACAACCAGAAAGAGACUUGGCGGCAGCAGCAGAUCCUCAGCCCCCACCACCUGCGCAAUUACCCCAGGAUGUUCAGAGUGAAGAUCAGGUUAUCGCGCCCCCUCCCUCUUCUUCCACCUCCUCUCCUGCACCACCUCCUCCUCAGCCCUCUCCUCCUGUGCCACCUGGAUCAGCCACCCAGAUUCCACCACUGCCACCUCACGCAGAAACAAGUAUCCAGCCUCCUACACCCUCCACCACAUCCCAGGCCAAAUCGCCAGCUCCAGUUCCCACACGAAGCCCCGUCCGCCAGACCCCACUCCACAAGACGUCAACUCUGCCCCCCCUGCCUUUACCACCUUUACUGCUGGGAAACACUCAGGACAGUCCAAAGAAGUCCACCCCUCCUCAGAGGUCAUCUAGGAAGGAGAAAGAAGUUCGUAGCCGGCCAUCACUCAUUGACCUUCCCUUACCACCCACCCUAGCCGGAGGUGACUCCUCACCCCCACAGUCCCCCAUCCGCCAGGCUCCUCCGCUACCCCAGCCAGCCCUUAAGAAAAGACCAAAGAUUUGCUGCCCGCGAUAUGGUGAGCGCAAACACACCCAGAGUGACUGGGGCAAACGCUGUGUAGAUAAAUUCGAUAUAAUUGGCAUCAUAGGAGAAGGCACCUAUGGCCAAGUGUACAAGGCAAAGGACAAAGACACCGGGGAGCUGGUGGCUCUGAAGAAAGUGCGUCUAGACAAUGAAAAGGAGGGAUUCCCAAUCACAGCCAUCAGAGAGAUUAAGAUCUUGCGGCAGCUCAAACACCGCAGUGUUGUCAACAUGAAGGAGAUUGUUACCGACAAGCAAGAUGCACUUGACUUUAAAAAGGACAAAGGUGCUUUUUAUCUGGUGUUUGAAUACAUGGACCACGACCUGAUGGGGCUGCUGGAGUCGGGCCUGGUUCAGUUCUCCCAAGAGCACAUCCGCAGCUUCAUGCGCCAGCUGAUGGAGGGCCUGGACUACUGCCACAAGAACAACUUCCUGCACAGAGACAUCAAAUGCUCCAACAUACUGCUCAACAACAGAGGUCAGAUCAAACUGGCUGACUUUGGUUUGGCCCGGCUUUACAAUUCAGAGGAAAGUCGGCCGUACACUAAUAAAGUAAUCACACUAUGGUACCGCCCCCCUGAACUGCUGCUGGGAGAGGAGAGAUACUCUCCAGCCAUUGAUGUUUGGAGCUGCGGGUGUAUUUUGGGAGAGCUGUUUACAAAGAAGCCCAUCUUCCAGGCUAACCAGGAACUUCUACAGCUGGAGCUCAUCAGCCGUCUGUGUGGGAGUCCCUGUCCUGCUGUCUGGCCUGACGUCAUUAAACUUCCCCUCUUCAACACCAUGAAACCCAAGAAGCAGUACAGACGGCGACUACGGGAAGAGUUUGCCUUUUUACCUUCUCCUGCCCUGGACUUGCUGGACCGAAUGCUGACCCUCGACCCUGCGCGACGCUGCUCAUCAGAGCACGCUCUCAACAGUGACUUUCUGUGUGACGUGGAGCCCAGCAAGAUGCCGCCACCAGAUCUUCCUCACCAUCAGGACUGCCACGAGCUGUGGAGUAAGAAGAGACGGCGUGCACGUCAGAGCGGAGUGCCCGAAGAUGUGCCUGUGCCCAAAGUGCCCCGUAAAGAUGCGACAGGGACCUCUAGCGGAGAGAACAGUCGGCCUCAAACCAGCCCAGCUGGAGCCCCGCCACCUCCGCCAGGAAAACCGCCCUCCGCAGCCAAUUUAGAGAGUGAGUUGUCAGGCCUGGGAGCUGUUGCAGAUCAGUUGAACCAGACAGAGUUGGCAGUGCUGCUUAACCUCCUCCAGGGACAGACGGACCUCAGCCUGCCCCAGGUAGCCCAGCUCCUCAACCUCUCCAAUCCAGAGACUCUCAGCCAGUCGUUGUCUGCCCUCACUGAGGCCUCUGACCACCAGGGGGCUCAAGAGGACCAGGCCCAGCCCGCUGCUAGGUCCCAGCCCCCAGAGCCGCCUCCCGAACCCCAGGAGCUCUCUCCGACAUCCGCAGACCCGCCACUCAGCCAGGAAGACCAGACCAACCUGCUGGCUCUCAUUUUGGGUCAAAUCAUCAAGCCUCAAACCGAGGAGGAAGGCGAUGAGAGCAAUGGCGUCCAAUCAGAGGAGGCACUAACGCGCGGUUCGUCCGCCUCUACUACUGAUCGCAAGGAUGGUGCAGUGUCAAAAAGGAAACCGCUUGGUGACAACCAGUUGCCUCCAUCUUGCGAGCAGCGUCCACCCUCUCCACCCGAGCCACCUCCAUCAGCUCCUGUCCUUGGAAACACUCAGCAGGCUGGUUCGGAAACCCAACCUAGCCAGGACAUCAGCCCUGCCGUGGCAGCUGCCUUGCUCCAGCUCAUCUCUCAGCAGGACUCGGAAGCUGGGGCCUCUCAGCGCAGCAAGGACCCCUCUCCGGCUGUGGACGCUAUGGCCCGGGGACAGCCCCCACCACCCUGGGUUGCAGACUCUCCUCCUAAAUCCUCUGCCGCAGCUGAGGCCCAAGCAGGACUGGUGACUGCUGCUUCCACCACUGCAGCACAGUUCCCCAAGGACCAGGACCUCCGUUUUUCCCACGGAGCUGCCCGCUGACCCUCAGUCCCCCGGUGAGAUAGACCCAGGUAUCAUGGGAUGGCUCCAGCAAUCCUGGCCUGAAGGGAAAGGCAGAGGGAGUGAGCAGGUAGUGAUAUUGAAUCAAAGAUUUUGAAAAUGAAUGUCUGAAAGAAAGAUUGAGGGGCCUUUUCAGGUAUGGUCAUGAACAUCACAGCCCUUUGAACAAGCUGUCAUGUGUUGUUUAGGUGGGAGUGUUUGGACCUGGGGUUGGUCUGACCCUUAACAAUCCAGUUAGGGACAGUCACCACCUGCGAUCCCUUGCUCUUUCCUCUCCACACACGGUCUUGACUCGAAUGAAGUUGAGCUUCCAAAGUGAGUGCCAUGCAGCUGACGCUCACCUUUGAAAGCCGCUGUGAUCUCCUUUUUUCCCCUAAACAAAUGAUUGUCGUGUCCACUGCAGUACGCACUUUUAACAAGGUAAUCAGUGUUUUGGGGAAUCAAGUCAUUGUCCUCUACUCUGUGAUGGAGUGGUGUCUAAACAUAAGCUGAAGCUAAAAUACUGUGUAUGGGUAGAUUUGAGGCAGUGAGCACACUGAUAAGAACACUGGAGGACCUUGAGUUUCCCGUUGAACCUGACACGCUGGCUAGCUCCCCUGCUUUCAGCUUGUGCCUCCUUUUGUGACCCCGGCGACCCCUGAAUGAUCGUGGCCUAGUGGGGAAGUUUGGGUUAAGUUUCUGCUUUGGAUGGUACCUACAACAGUGUACAUCUGCAGGACUGCAUUUUUUUUUUUUUUUUCCUCUCUUUAAUUCUACCCAAAGGCUGUUCCAUGAUAUAUUCCAUCUGUCAUUAAUCCAGCUGAACUGCAAUGUCUUCUCAGCCCACCUAAAGAUUUUCCUUCUUUUACAUACAGCAAACCUCUAUGUCGUAACAAACCUAAGCCUGUAGUGCUCAUGUUAAUGUCUGAAAUCUGAAACAUUUUGAUGAACUGCUCCAUAAUAUACAAGCUAUCCUGCUAGUUGAAGUAUAAAGCCACAAACAUACACACACACACACUCAGAAACGGACUUUUCCAGCUUUAACCUGGUGGGCUCUGAAAGCCUCGUCUAAUAUGUCUGCUCCUCGCCUCCCUGCCAACUUGUGCAACAAAAUUUUUUUUUCUUUUUUUGGUGCAAUUAUUUUCUACAUAAGGAAAAUGAUACACGCUUAAAAAAAAAAUAAUGGUCCAUGGUUCUGUUUCCAUUUUUUGCUUUGGAAAAGGAAAGGGAGGACAAAUGGUUUCAUGUGUCUGUAAAAAAGAAAAAAAUAUUUUGUAAUAUGUGUUUUCUUGGUUCAGUUUAUUAAAGGAAGUUA